CCCACCCGCCCUCUCCCGGCCCGCAGCCUCACAGAAAGUUUUUCUCGUUGGAGGGACCGGAGCCGCCGCGGGCCUUUCGGAAGGGAAGGGGGACAGAAAAGGAGACGAUCGACGCGCGGGCCCGGGGAGUGCAUGGUGCCCGGCGCCUCUGCCGCCAGUCAGGAGGACAUUGGGGCGGGGUCCGGCUGAGCCUACCUCCCUCUUCCCCCUGCCUUGCCAGAAAUCGCCCUCCCGGACUGCCGCGGGGGUCCCCGCUCCUCAGCCCGCCAUGUCCCGGCUGUUGCCGCUGCUGAGGAGCCGGACCGCGCGCAGCCUGAGGCCGGGCCCGGUCGCCGCCGCCGCCGCCGCGCCCCGCCCGCCGUCCUGGUGCUGCUGCGGGCGGGGGCUGCUGGCGCUCGCGGCCCCCGGCGGCUUCCGAGGGCUGGGCACCCACCCCAAGAAGGAGCCCAUAGAGGCGCUGAACACGGCGCAGGGCGCGCGCGACUUCAUCUACAGCCUGCACUCCACCGAGAGGAGCUGCCUGCUCAAGGAGCUGCACCGCUUCGAGUCCAUUGCCAUCGCCCAAGAAAAGUUGGAAGCUCUACCACCCACCCCAGGACAGCUGAGAUAUGUAUUCAUCCACAAUGCGAUACCUUUCAUAGGGUUUGGUUUUUUGGAUAAUGCAAUUAUGAUUGUUGCAGGAACCCAUAUUGAGAUGUCUAUUGGAAUUAUUUUGGGAAUUUCAACUAUGGCAGCUGCUGCUUUGGGAAAUCUUGUGUCAGAUUUAGCUGGACUUGGACUUGCAGGCUACGUUGAAGCUUUGGCUUCCAGAUUAGGCCUGUCAAUUCCGGAUCUUACACCAAAACAAGUGGACAUGUGGCAAACACGUGUUAGUACACAUUUUGGCAAAGCUGUUGGGGUGACUAUUGGCUGCAUUCUAGGAAUGUUUCCUUUGCUUUUCUUUGGAGGAGGUGAAGAAGAUGAAAAACUGGAAAAGAAAAAUUAACCCUCUUAGAGUAUCUAUAAAAAAAUGUAAACUAAUGUACCUCAGUUACUAAAUAUGCUGUCACAACAUUUAGGAAUUAAGACAAUAACAGUGUAUAGAUAUGGGAUCAAAUAAUUCAGCAUGUAUUAUGGAAAACACUAACUUAUUGUGGCUUGGUUUUCUUAGGACAUCUUUUUAAAAAUGUUUAGUAUCCAUUUUGUGUAAAUUGUUGAAAUGCUUUUUCAUCAGUGGCAGUCAACAUUUUACCUUUUUCUUUUUCCUUAUAUAUCAAAAUAUCAUUUAAGUAUCAGUCAUUGACAUACUGUACUGAGUUGGGGUUUGAGUAUUUGUUACUUCAUGUGUGUGCAUGCAUGAAAGGAUCUUCCGUCUUCGCUGUUGUUCUCUAGUUACAACUCAGCCUUGAGAUUUUUGCCACAUUAUUUAAGGUGUUUAAUAUAAGUUAAAGGUUUUUUUUUUUUUUACUCUAUUUGGCAACAUGAAUUUUGUACUGUUUUACAUUGAACAUUUACAAUCAUAUAAUUUUAGUCAUUUUUUAAACUCUUAGUCAAUUCAAGAUAAACACACACUUUAAGUAUUCUAAGUAUCUAUUACUCAUUUUAAUUUUCUGACCUCACUGUCUCAAGAGCCAGAGGUUUAAUCAGAAUGAGUAAUUUAUGUGGUGUCCCUACUACAUAAAACCAUGUAUGUUAAUAAGUGUAUUAUUGUUAGUUGAUUUUUUUAAUCUUUAAUUUCUCAAUUUUGAAUCAUAACAUGGUAGCUUCUGCUCCUAAGGAGAAGAAAAUGAUUAUUUUAGGGUCUUUUAUAAAUGGGGAUUGUGGAAUUAAGGUAAAAUAAGGGGUUUGACAUGACACUUGGAGAUUAAGAGGCUAAAAUUUUUUUUAGAGAAAAAGAAAAUGGGAACUGUCAAGAUGGCUUAUGGUAUAAGUGGUGAAGUUGAAGUUGUGUUUGGGAGGUUAAUGAGAUACAAAUUUGAUUGUUUGGGAUGGAUUUCUUUUUCCCCAAAGCAUCUUCUCAUCUGAAUUGAAUGAAUCUGAGUCUCCAUACUCAUAAUCUGAUGUUUUGUUUAGUGUGUUUUAUUUCUGGAUAACUUACUUUGAGGUGAAGACUAAAUAUUUUAUAUUUUUCUUUUUUGCUAUGAAUAGUCUAGUAGUCAAAAGUUACGUGAGAAAUCUUUUUUUUUUUUUUUUUGGUCUUCUUCUUUUGUGAUGUUUAAAUAAUAUUCUGGGUUGAGAUUGCUUUUCAGCCUUGCAUAUCUAACAUAUAUAGUACAACUAUAUAUGAGUCAUAAAUUCUAAUUUUAUGAGCCCUUAAAGUUGGUUAGCAUGUGGUCUGUUACAUGUGCUAAAAAAUUACUCUUACUUGUAAGAGUAAACACAUCAUGGAGGAGAAAAACUGAAAUUAAAAUAACUGGGCCACUGAAAUUAUUUAUGUUGCUAAAUAGAUGCAAAAGAAGGAAAACUUCUAAGAUGGCUGUAUUUAUAGUUACCUUAGUUUAAAGUUUUAUUUGCACAUAUUUACUUUGACCUCUUAUUUUCAGAGGGGCUGUUUUUUCCCACAAGGCAAUUUGUCAUAAAUUACCAUCUGUGCACUCCAAAAUAAUUUAGAGCUCUCCUUGAAUCAUAGAUUUUUGAGAAAAAAGAAGAAAAUAAAUCAUAUAAUAUAAAAAUAAAUAUAUGACAUUCUUAUUAUGUACAAUAAUACAGUAGUCUCAUUUGAUCAAAUUAGAAUUAUAGAACUUGACUUCUUAAGGAGAAUUGUGGUUUUUAUGUUCCACAUAGUACUACAUACACACCAAAAAGAAUUUUUUUUAUUAUUUUAGCUGAAAGGAUUAGAGUGCUUAUUUAAACAAUUUUUUUAAAUGUCUAAGUGCAUUUGUUCCUAACUUGUAUAUUGCCAGUCCUUUCUGUUUUCUAAAAACUAUUUUAUUGUGGUGCUUAAUUUUUCUUAUUAAUUAAAUCCCAUAUCCAGAAACCUUGCCUGUGAGUUUAGAAAGGGCUUUGAUUAUUGGUUUUCACUUUUUGCUCUUGAAAGUAAUCCAGUCCUACGGAAGAUUUCAGUUUAGCUGAAUGUCUACAGAAUUAUUUAAAGUGUCAAAACAUAGCAUAUAUAACCUUCAUGUUGAAAGAUAUUUUAAUUUGGGGGCACAAUAAAUAUUUGAAUCAUUCAGAUAAUUAACUUUCAAAAAAUGGAGACCUUUUGUCCUUAACCUAAGGUACACAUCUUUUCAAGAUCUUAUUCUACAUGAGUAUUGGUGCUUGGCACAAAGUGAUUUCUGAAAAAUGGCUCCCUUUAAGAUAAUGACUUCAUAAAAUCAUAGUUUCAUGGUACUUGUCACAAAUAACCUUAUUUCAGAUUGAAACUGGAAUCUUUUUUCUCAUAUUAGCUAUUUCUUUAUUGGAAGCACCAUAACUAUAGUUAAAUACAACAUGAGCUACUUUAGUACUGUUCGUUUGAAAUUCAUGUUGUCUGUGUAUUAUGAUUUAUUGACUUGUUGAUGCAUGUGAAUUGGGUGCAUUUUGUUGCCACUGUAUGUUAAAUGGUGACCAAUGUUUUUACAAAGGAAUUGAACAAAAAAAUAUCUUUUAAGAAAUUUGGAAUGUGGUUUUGAUUUUGAAAUUUGAUUUUCUUCCUAAUCUCUAAGGGAGGACUCUGGUUAUUCUGUCACUAAAGGAAAUAGAAUAAAUAAAUGCAGAUUUUUUACAGGGUUGUAGC